AUGGCAGAUGACGCGGAUAUGCGCAAUGAGCUGUCAGACAUGCAGCAGCGUGCAGACCAGCUGGGUGAUGAGUCACUGGAGAGCACCCGUCGUAUGCUACAGCUGGUGGAAGAGAGCAAAGAUGCUGGUAUUAGGACUUUGGUCAUGUUGGACGAACAGGGAGAGCAACUGGAGCGCAUCGAGGAGGGAAUGGACCAAAUCAAUAAGGACAUGAAGGAUGCAGAAAAGAAUUUGAACGAUCUAGGGAAAUUCUGUGGUCUUUGCUCCUGUCCAUGUAACAAGAUGAAGAGCGGAGCCAGCAAGGCCUGGGGUAACAACCAGGACGGCGUGGUGGCCAGCCAGCCCGCCCGCGUGGUCGACGAGCGCGAACAGAUGGCCAUCAGCGGUGGCUUCAUCCGCAGGGUAACAGACGACGCCCGGGAAAAUGAGAUGGACGAGAACCUGGAACAGGUGGGCGGCAUCAUCGGAAACUUGCGCCACAUGGCCCUCGACAUGGGCAACGAGAUCGACACCCAGAAUCGCCAGAUCGACAGGAUCAUGGAGAAGGCUGACUCCAACAAGACCCGGAUUGACGAGGCUAACCAGCGCGCCACAAAGAUGCUGGGCAGUGGCUAA